AUGGCUCAUCAAGAAUGGAAGACAAAAUUCGACGACCAGUUCUAUGACCUGGAUGACCCGUGGAAUUUGGAAAUAGUAAGCAAUGUAGAGCAGGAAAGCGGAUGGCUAGAAAUGCGACGCAAAGGAAUGGCAAGGUUUGACUGUAUAGUACAUGCAGCAAUAGAUGGACGUCCGUUAACGGUGGAGCAAUAUUUCACUAUCGUCUUCCUCCUUCCCAAAAUGAACGACGUGGUAACGUGAAGCUGUUUCUAGGGGGACAAAAGUGCAAAAAUUGCAACGACGUAUUUGAAACUGCUAAGUGGGAGGAUUCAGACGUAGAACGUGUGGUCACAGAACUGCUGAAUAAAGUGCAACAAAAGUUCUAUGGUGAAAUUGAUGUUCCCACCACCAGUACAACCGAGAACAGAUAUAUCCCAGCAGAUGUCUGCUCCGCAUCAAAGGAAACUUUGUCAACUAUGUGCGCUGGGAGUGUGCCAGUAUAGUCAACAAAAUGAUAUCGACAGCAUCGCAAGCAAGAUAGAACAACUCGAGUUUGACGACAACGAUUAUACAUCGGAUUCAAACUGUAUGUAGCUAUAUGUAUACAGGGGCAGGGCCGCCCAGAAGGGUUGCAUGGGACAAAAAGGAUAAAGUAACAUAAUAUGCACAAAAAUCACAUGCAGUUGAAUAUUUUCCCAGAAGGCAGAAUACAGGAAUUGCUAUUCUAGGAGUUCUGAUUUCAAAAUUUUCCCCGAACUCCCCGCCUCACCUGAACUAUUUAAGUGUAGAAUACGCAUUGAAAAUGUUACAUAUAAAUAUUCACAAUUGAAGGCAUUGAAGGAAAUAACCUAUACUAAGCCUAAGGCCUGUUUUAUACGUCCAAUGCAAUUUAAACAAUAGAUUAUGAAACUUAAUGAGGUUUAUCAUCUCAUUAUCUAUUGUUUGAAUUGCAUUCGACGCGGCCGAAAUUCGACGUAUAAAACAGGCCUAAUUGUUCUAUAAAAUGUUCAAGAAUAUGGAAAUCAAUCUUUAAUAUAAAAGAGCACAUAAAAUUCAAGAGUCUUUGACGAUAGGAAAUCACUCGGGCCCCCAAAUUUCUCUGUGCGGCCCUGUAUAUGAAACCUCGUGAGGCAACGGCUCGCUGAUUGGAUAUAAUAAUUGGAUCAGAUUAAGAUAUCAAUUUUUUGUUUUCAGUUUACAAUGAUGUGUUGUACACUACGCAUGUAGGUUACGAUAAAGUUUCGUCUAGCCAAAAAGAAUCGACAUCAGUGCAAGUGCGAGGUAAUUAAAAAAAGCUUUUAGAUUAGAUAGUAUAUAGGCCUACCUGCAGUGAUUAUGCUUACAAUUUUGAUUUUUAGUUUAGUUUAGUUUAGUUUAGUUUAGUUUAUUUGCUUUUAUUAACUGCAUGCGAAAAAAUAUCUCGUGUUUUGCUUCUUUUUGGACUCGGAAAGUGCGAUUUACUGCACUGAGACUGGGUCAUUUAACCGCUGAGAAAGGGAUCAAACAUUUUGGAAACGGGAAUGGGAUUUCUCUUUUUGAGUGAUUUGUGAUUCCAUUAUUCGAAACAACUGUUUACAGUUUUUUUAAUCGUUUAAAAUCAUAGGCAGCCCACUAAACGACUGGAUUUAAAUUAAAACUACAAUGAAAUUAUAAAAUUUAACGAAAAUAAUCACAAAUUAGCGAAAUAUAUUGCAAAAUGUAGCUUAUAUUAAAUCUCCACUCGAUUGACCUAUCGGCGAACUGACGUAUAUUAAAGUAUACCUUAAUAUACGUCAGUUCGCCGAUAGGUCAAUCGAGUGGAGAUUUAAUAUAAGCUACAUUUUGCAAUAUAUUUCGCUAAUUUGUGAUUAUUUUCGUUAAAUUUUAUAAUUUCAUUGUAGUUUUAAUUUAAAUUCAGUCGUUUAGUGGGCUGCCUAUGUUUAAAAUAAUUCAUUCUGAAACAGUAGACCUAAAAAAAACACAUUGAAACACAUUUUGCGCUUGAUCUCUCGCUUUGGUUGAUAACACAAACCUCGGGCUUGAUAUAUAAUUUUUCAUAUCCUGCUCAUGUAAUUUCAUUCAAAAACUGUUAAAUAUUUCUUGCAAAUGUAGAAACCAAGCGGAAACACAACGAAAUCCAUGAACAGUUCACGUGGUUUAAAGCUACUUUCCUCGACUCUAAGCGAAAGCUGAAAAAGGAAAUUCACAAAGAACUGAAAAGGUAUGUUUUUUCCAUUGAAAUGAACGUAACUGGAACGACCUUCCGUUUCAACGCAUGGAUUUAUGGUGUCAGUUAAACUAAAGUAUUGAAAAAUUUAAAGUAAUUUUGGAACGGCGCCUGCUUUGUUGCAAGUGUUUGAUAGUACGUAUUAAAAAGACAAUCUGACGUCUUGCGAGGCAUGUUGACAAAUCGUUGCGACUACACGCGUCGUAACUUGCACGUCUAUAGUAAUUAAUUUUGUUCUAGUUCACAAAAUUAAAAACUUGAAAUGAAACAAUGAACGCGUUACGUUACAUCAAAGAAAUAUCAUCUCGAUCCUGUUUGGACGGCAAUGUGUUCAUAUGAAAGUAAAACUAUAAAUUAAUUAAGUUUGGUAGCUGUUUCUGUAUUACGAAUAGUCUAAUACUGCAUUCACUUCUGUAUAGUUUUCCUUGGUUGUGUGGAGCAUAUGGUAUAACUGGUCCCAACAGAAAGAUCCCUCGUCUACAUCUUUUUCUCACAGUUAAAAGAGGUGUGAAGAAAUCAGUUGUACGACGCGAUCUUGAAGACAAAUUUAAGUGUUACCCAAAGGAGUAUUUUGAACUCCUGCAAGAGCCUAAAAGGAAACCAAAAAUAAAAUAUUUGGCAGAUUCAAGUGAAUCAAGUGCCGAAUCGUCGGCAUCAUCAUCUGUAUCGUCGGUUCUCGCGUCACCUGGUGGUGGUGUACUAGCUUGCAUUAACAGGCGUUAUAACGAUCCAAGCCCUUUACGAAUACCUGAGGAAAACGAGAGAGAUGGUUUACCCGAGGUGCGAGGAACUGGAACAUUAACCAUGUUUUGCUACUCCCAUGGACACCAUUAUGCACUCACCUGCUUCCAUGUUGGUUGUGCAAAUGAUGAAACCUUUUUCAAUGCUGCAUUUAAUAAGGUAGAAGACAUCCAGGAAAUCUGCAGUUCGCUUUCAACUUAUGUUGAUGAAGCCAAAGAAAAAGAAUAUUGGUUUACAGAAGGCAGCGUAGAAGACAACAACGAGCCCAUCCCAUUUGGAGACGAUGGAAGUAACUAUACGGCCCUUGGUGAUUUUCACAAUUAUCAUUUUGAUGAUGAAUGUGACAUUUUGUCUCUGAAAAUUAUAGAUACUGAAAUUGAUUGCAAAAUAACGGGUGUUAAUUCUCCGGAUUGGAGUAGUAUAUGGGAUGAAUUGCUUGACAUGACUGGUCAGAAUCCAGUGAAGGUGGAGAAAAUCGGAUAUUCGUCGGCAUUGACCUGCGGCCAUAUUGUUUCGUGCAAUGUUAGUUACAGCGACGAAGGGAACUUAUUUCAAAAUGCAAUCGUUGUAAAAGGAUGUGGUGGUCCAUUCUUAAAAGGCGGAGACUCAGGCUCUCUUGUUUCCUUUCAUGACAAAAAUGAGAAGAAACAGGUUUUCGCUUAUGGUGUUUGCGAAGUAGACGAGCUUCGCUUGCCAGAACAGCCCGAGUCAACAAGUUCCACUUGGCAUGAAAAUGCUUCAUCGGAACAAACGAGCUCCGAAGAUGAUGAUAGUGAUGAUAUUUUCGGAAUGGUUGACGUUCUCCCACCAGAACAGCCCAAGUCAACAAGUUCCACUUCGCAUGAAAACGCCUCAUCGGAACAGACAACGAGCUCCGACGACGAUGAUGGUGACGAUGUUUCCGAAACGGUUGACAUUCUCCCACCAGAACAGCCCAAGUCAACAAAAUCCACUUUGCAUGAAAACCCCUCAUCGGAACAGACAACGAGCUCCGACGAAGAUGAUGGUGAUGAUGUUUCGGAAACGGUUGACGUUCUCCCACCAGAACAGCCCAAGUCAACAAGUUCCACUUCGCAUGAAAACGCAUCACUAGAACAGACGAGCUCCGACGAUAACGAUAGUGAUGGUAGUAGUACGUGGAGUGAAGAAAAUUCCUCUGACGAUGGCCAAGUUAUAUUCCAAGAAGGAAGUGGUAGCAACGUUUCAAAUGUAAAGGGCCCGUACUCUAUCUGUCUAAGAUUAGAUACCGCUUUAGAAAAGCUGGGGUUUGACAAUGCAGCAUGUGUUAACGAUUGUGCUAGAAACUGA